ACGGACCUCCUCAAAAAAGUCCCCCCCAAAAAACAAAAUUUUAAUCAUUCUCCUUCUUUAGCCAUUGAGCUGUCGAUUCAAUUGCAAAUUUCAUUUGUCUUUUUCCGCACAUUUUCCUUUUAUUUAAUAUUUAUUAUUAUUAUUGUUUUGUUUUUUUUAAAUUUUAUUUUAAAAUUUAAUUAUUCAUCGGACCGAUGGGCACCAGCCAGUUAGGUAAGUCCGGUAUAUAAAUGUGCUGAUUCACUUGCUGGCGUACAUAUAAAAGAGUCGGGAGAGAUCGAUCUAGCCAUAGCGGUGGCAGCACCGUCUGCUGUUUUGGCGGGAAAAAAGUAGAUGGGCGGGAGGUGAGCCGUGCCUCGUUCUCCCAUUGGCUAUCACCAAGGGGAUGGAAUGCUUACGGUCUCUAUAGUGCGUGCAGACGCUAGGAGCCCAGGAGCCUCCUCACCCAUCCCCUCCUCUUGUUUUUUUUUUUUUUUUUUUUUUUUCGAGGGGAGGGGAGGGUGGUCUUCAGUGCACAACCACCCACAUGGAACCAGACGUUCUCCUACGCACGUCCCGCCUCACUAAAAAGAUCCGAAACCGUCUGGACCCGCGAAAUUCGUCCGCUCGACGCAAUUAAUUGCCAUCGCAAUUUUGGCACUCGAAACUCGUCCGCCAAUCAUCCGACAUCGAGUUGUAGGUAAUUCGAAUGAUUUUAAAAUUCAAUUUUCAAGCGAGAUCUCCAGCGACGUCACAACAACGCGGAGCGCUACAAAAGCGCACCGAGGAGAGAAAGGAGAUCGCAUCGGAAACGGGGGCGUUGGGAGGUGGUGGUGACUGAGGGGGGGAUUGUGAGGAGUGGUUACUUGUUUUGAAAACAGUCUUCAGCGUGCUCUCGGCCGAGUUAGUUGUGUUGGCUCUCUCUCAGUCAGGAGAUUCGUCCAAAAAUUCGUUCCGAGUCCCGUUUUUCCAUUUCGACGACGCCAAACGACCAAAUUCAGGACAAAACUUCGUCACCAACCAUCUAUUUGGGGAUUAAAUUUUUAAUAAACAGUGUUGCAUCAUCAUCAUCUUCAUCACAACCCCCCACACGACGUCGAUUGUUUUGUUCCGCCAGUUGUUGUCGUUGUUGUUGUGUAGUGUUGGUUUUAUUCAAUAAAGAACGUCGUCGGUUAUUUCGACGUAUAUGCGUGGCCAUGUUGUCGCGCAAUCUCGAACUCUACGCCAACUCCGCCGCAGCCGCGACGACGUCUAACGUCUCGGCGCUACGCGGAGACGCUACGGAUUCAUCCAACAAGAUCAACGUCGCACCACCACCAGUAACGAUGGCGACAGUGGCACCUGCAUCGUCCUCGGGCGUCGCGACGCCUUCCUCUCAGAUGGCGCUGAUGGACUGCGAGACAUUCGGACGGACGUAUCACGUCGGUCACGUUCUCGGUAAAGGAGGAUUCGGCACCGUCUACGCUGGAAAUCGCAUCCGCGACGGACUCCCAGUCGCCGUCAAACACAUCCACAAGAGUUCCGUCACCACGUGGAGUCACGUAAACGGUGUCAGAGUCCCGCUGGAAUUUUGCCUCCUACGACAAGUGGCUCACGUUCCGGGCGUGGUCCGUCUUUUGGACGCCUGCGACGCCGACGACGUCUUCGUUUUGGUGAUGGAACGAGCCGAAUCAUCGCAGGACUUGUUCGAUUUCAUCACCGAGCGAGGGGCUCUACCCGAACAGGCGGCCAGAAACUUUUUCCGCCAGGUGGUCGAGGCCGUCGUCCAGUGCCAUCGAGCCGGAGUCAUCCACCGCGAUAUCAAGGAUGAAAACAUUUUAGUGGAUUUGAAAACUCACUGCUUGAAAUUGAUCGACUUUGGUUCGGGCGACUACCUCAAGGAUGGCGUCUACACGGAAUUUGACGGUACCAGAGUUUACUCUCCGCCGGAAUGGAUCCGACACAGGAGGUACCAUGGACGGCCAGCCACCGUUUGGUCGCUGGGCAUCCUGCUCUACGACAUGGUCUGCGGCGAUAUUCCCUUCGAACAGGACGACCAGAUCGUCCGCGCCACCGUCAAUUUCGUGACGAGAAGCCCCGGACGACUGCGGUUGUCUCCGCAGUGCGAGGAUUUGAUCCUGCGCUGCCUCGAGUACCGGCCGGCCGAUCGGCCGUCGCUGGAGCAGAUCCUGGCCCAUCCGUGGCUGACUUCACCGGAAAUGAUUCCACCGUCGCCCGUCCACGUUCUGACCCAGUCCGGUACUGUCGAUCCCACGGCCGCCACGAUGAUUCCCGUGCCGUGCAUGUCCCCUCCGCCGGCUCCCGCCUCGACGCCGUGCAGUCCCAUCGCCAUGUCACUGUCGGAAGCUCUGCUGAGCACGACGACGGCCUGCUCGACCACGACGGGCAUCCCAGUGCCUCAGCGGAGGGCAAAUCACAACGGCGUGGCCAUCAGCAACGGUCUGCCCAGUUCCUUUGGCGGAUCGCUCCCUUCGUCAUGCAAUUCCUGUUCGUCUUGUUCAUCAUCCGCCUCCUCUUGCUCCGAUUUGGGCUCCUCGUCCAGCUCGUCGUCCACCUCCUCUCAAUGUUACCACCAUCAUCACCACCAUCACCAUCAUCACCACCAUCACCAACAUUAUCCGCCGCCAGUGCGGCCUGGCAUCCUAGCAGCCGCCGCCGCUGCCGCCGUUGCCGGAAGCGCCAAAAGCGGGUCCGUUUCGGCCGCUGCGGCUGGCGACUUCGCCUUUUGAAUAAUAAUAAAAAAGUUUGUUUUUAAAUGUUGUAAAAAAUAGAAAAUUCAAAUCGCCCGCUCCCCCCCCCCAUAAUUUUGUUAUGAUCACAAAAUGUUUCAUUUCCCUCCCCCCUUUUUUUUGCGUGUGCCAUGCAAAAGGUAUUUAAACGGUUCAUUACUAUUCCUCCUACUUCCGCUGUUACUACUGUCGAGGACUCUCUCGGAAAAGAAAAAACCCUGGUCACUCGGUUCUAUUCGCGUGCGUGUGUAAUUUAUUGACGUAGUCAAAAGUGAUUUCUCUUCUUUUAUCCCCCCCCCCUUUUUCAUUUUUCGUCUUCUUCUUCUUCUUCUCGUCUUGAUGAAUUAACAUUUAUCCCAGAAUAAUUUUUGUAAUUUUUUUUUCAUCUUUUUCUUUUUUUUUUAUCUCGGAAAUGUUUGAAAUUCCCGGGUAAAAAAAAUUAAAAGAAGGAAAAAAAAAAAUUAAAAAUUGAAUAAGGCAAAACUACAAUGCAACUAAUUUAUCACCUUCAAAAUAGCAGCGCUGGACUUGAAUCCCCCCGCUCUGCCUUUGAAUGAACUCGGAUAUACAUACAUUAUUUCUGUACAUAUAGUUCAAAUGAUGACGUAAUGCGAUAUAUCAAAACUGCGCGUGUGCAUCUCCAUCCGUCUCUUAUAGGUAUCAAUUUUCGACAACAUCUGUUGACUUGGCAGUUUGGGUUUUUUGUUAUUAUUUUGUCUUGUAUUUCUCGUUCGAUGAAAGAAUCCAGAAACAACAAAAAAUUCAAACGUCCUUUUGUCAAAUGACGAAAUUUUUUAGUUUUUUUUUGUUUCCAGCCAUUUUUCUUUCGGAUCUAUAGGCGUGAAUAAAAAUAAAAAGCAUAUUAAUAAUAACUACACAUACCAUACAUAUCGUUGCUUUGAUUGACAAUGUCGAGCAUACCCUCCUUUACACACACACACCCCCCAACUACCCUCCUUUUUUUUCUCCCUUUGAAUACAGUAAUUUAUUGGCGUGGUUGAAAUAAUGUUCCUUGUUUGUUCUCUCUCUCUCUCUCUCUUUUUUUAUAAAAACGUGCUUGUAUCAUUUUAAUUUUUGCUUUUGUGUUUUUUUUAAAAUUUUUUUUUCAAAAAUGUGAUGUCUAUCGUCACCGACCAAAUAAAGAGUACUUUUUUUUCGCCUCUGCAAUCUUAGUUUUUUAUUUUAUUUUAUUUUCAAGUAAAAUGGUUUACCCUAUUUUUCCCUCCCUGUCAUGUGCAGUUGGUUACACCCACACGGAACGAAAAAAAAAUAGUUUUAACAAGACCCAGAAUUGUUUUUCGGUUAUUUAUUGACAUCCCAUUGUAUCUUUUUUUGGAAUUGAAAGAGAACUUAUUUUGGCAAUAAAAUCAUUGAGAAAG